UAAACAAUUUUGUUAGGAGGAGGAUACUACCUCAGAUGGAAAUAAUGUGUAGUAUAUUCAUUUAUAAACUCAUUCAUACUUCCUUCUUCCUCACAUGAACGAAAUCAUUCAUCCAUUGGCUUUGCAGUGACUUUUUUGAAGAUGGAUUCAAACUCAAAUAUUACAGAAUUGUUUCUCUCAUGGAGCUCCACGCUCCUGCAACCUUUUUGGGCUCUGUUGGAUCAUUUUUCUUUAUCCGAUUUCAGCAUGAUGGAAGAUACAGUUUCUUCCAUGGAUUCUAAUUUCACUCAAAACUAUAGAUAUGAUGUGUUUAUAAGCUUUAGAGGUCCUGACACACGCAACACUUUCGUUGAUCAUCUUUAUGCUCAUCUAGCCAAAAAAGGAAUCUUUGUUUUCAAAGAUGACAGACGCCUUGAGAAAGGACAAUCCCUGUCACCACAGCUUCUACAAGCAAUUGAGAAUUCUAAAACUUCUAUUGUUGUCUUCUCAAAAAGAUACGCCGAAUCAACGUGGUGUUUGGAAGAAAUGGCUGCUAUUGCUGAAUGUGCUAAUAAAUUCAAACACAAAGUUUUCCCCGUUUUCUAUCAUAUUGAUCCAUCGGAUGUGCGGAAACAAAGUGGACCUUACCAAAAAGCUUUUCUUUCACACACGAAGAAAUUCAAAGAUGAUUUAGACAAGGUCAGGAGAUGGAGGAGAGCUAUGAUUCGUUUGACUGCAUUAGUUGGUUGGCAUGUCAAGGACAUGCCGGAGUUUGAAGUGGUUGAAAGUGUUGUUCAGGAGGUGAUAAAAACAUUAGGCCAUAAAUUAUCCGGGUUUGAUGACCUUGUUGGGAUUGAACCUCGAGUAGAAGCAUUGAAAAUUCUUUUAAAAUUAGGCUCAAAGGAUGAUGAAUUUCGGGUUAUAGGAAUUAAAGGGAUGGGUGGAAUAGGCAAGACAACACUUGCUACUGUCUUGUAUGAUAGAAUAUCUUGUAUGUUUGAUGCUUCUUGUUUCAUUGAGAAUGUAAGCAAAAUUUAUAAAGACGGAGGUGCUAUUGCUAUUCAGAAACAAAUCCUUUGUCAAGCCUUCAAUGAGAUAAAUCUAGAGAGAUUCAGUCCUUCUGAAGUAUCUGCGAUUUUAGGAAAUAGACUUAGCAACAUAAAUGUGCUCAUAGUUCUCGACAAUGUUGAUGGAUUAAAGCAAGUGCAAGAGCUGGCAAUUGAUCACAAACUUCUUCACCCAGAAAGUAGAAUGAUCAUUACAACUAGGGAUGCACAUAUUCUAAAAGUGUUUGGAGCGCAUGAAGUGUAUGAGGUUCCAUUGUUGAAUAGUAAAGAUGCUUGUGAACUUUUUUGUAAAAAAGCCUUCCAAAGUGAAGACCAAAGUAGCAGUUGUGUUGAGUUGAUUCCUGAGGUACUCAGAUAUGCACAACAUCUUCCAUUGGCAGUUAAAGUACUUGGUUCUUUCUUGUGUACCCGAGAUGCUGCCCAAUGGAGAGAUGCAUUGGAUAGGUUGAGGAACAAUCCAAACAAUGAUGUCAUGGAUGUGCUUCAGAUGAGUGUUGACGGAUUACAACACGAGGAGAAAGGAAUAUUUUUGCAUAUUGCUUGUUUCUUUAACGGGGAAAGGGAAGAUUAUGUCAAGCGUAUUCUAGAUGCUUGUGAAUUGCACGCUCACAUUGGAAUUCAAAUCAUGCUUAAGAAAUCACUUAUAACCAUUAAAAACCAGGAAAUUCAUAUGCAUGCAAUGUUACAGGAAUUGGGGAAGAAAAUCACGAGGCACAAUUUUCCCGAUGAGCCAGGAUGUUGGACUGGAUUAUGGCAAUACAAGGAUUUCAAUCACGUCUUGAUGACAGAUACGGGAACAAAUAAUGUUAGAGCCAUGGUUCUAGAUCAGAAAGAAAAUUCCUCCAAAUGCAGGGCCGAAGGAUUUUCAAAAAUGAAGAACCUUGCACUGCUCAUAUUGUAUCAUAACAAAUUUUCAGGAAAUCUCAAUUUUCUUUCCAACAACCUGCGAUUUCUUUUGUGGCAUGGAUACCCUUUUACUUCUCUGCCGUCAAAAUUUGAGCCUAGUUAUCUUGUGGCAUUGAAUCUACCUGAUAGUAGCAUUCAACGACUGUGGGAAGGAUGCAAGGAAUUUCCCAGUUUGAAAAGGAUGGAUUUGAGCAACUCCAAAUAUUUAAUAGAGACUCCAAAUUUUCUUUGGACCCCGAAACUGGAGCGGCUAGAUUUUACAGGAUGCACAAACUUAAUACAGGUCCAUCCAUCAAUUGGACAUCUUACCGAACUUGUUUUCUUAAGUUUGCAAAACUGCAGCAGUUUGGUUGACCUUGAUUUUGGUAGUGUAUCAAGAUUGAGUUCUUUGAGAGUUCUACGCCUUUCUGGUUGUGCAAAACUUGAAAAGACACCUGAUUUUACCGGGGCAUCAAAACUCGAGUACCUUGAUAUGGAUGGAUGUACAAGUUUAUCCACAGUUCAUGAGUCCAUUGGGGCUCUUGCAGACCUUACAUUCCUGAGUUUGAGAGACUGUACAAAUCUUGUUGAAAUGCCCAAUAACAGUAAUAGGAUGAUAUCUCUUAUAACUCUAGAUUUACAUGGGUGCUUUAAACUUAAAACUCUACCAUUAGAACAUAGUACUCUACAAUAUUCUCGUCAUCUGCAUUCUUUGAUUUUUCUGGAUCUAAGCUUUUGCAGUCUUCAUCAAGUACCUGUUGCUAUUGGAGGGCUAAAAUGUUUAGAAAGACUAAACCUACAGGGAAAUAACUUUGAUUCACUACCUGAUGAAAUCAACCGUCUUGAAAGUUUAGCAUAUUUAAACUUAUCUCAUUGUCACGAGCUUCAAACUUUUCAAUGGCUACCUUCAAAAAGUGCUUCUUCGGGAGGAAGAUACUUUAAAAUAGCUUCGGGAUCUCGUGACUAUAGGUCAGGAUUAUAUAUUUUUGACUGCCCCAAGAUGACGAAAAGCCCUGAAACCCAAUCCGCAGAUAUACAAUAUACAUGGUUACAAAGACUGCUUAAGCAUCCCCAUUACUUUCGGUGUGGCUUUGACAUUGUUGUUCCAUGGAAUUGGAAUAACACUCCAGUAUGGUUCAAUCACCGAUUUGACGGGGGGUCAAUAGUGAGGAUAGUAGCAUCUGAAGAGACUGAGAAUUGGUUUGGUUUUGCUUUCUGUGUGGCAUUUGAGGUAAACAGUGGUGCUGCAAAUUCUGUUUCUCUACAAGAUACAUUUUCCCCGGCAUUACCGCAUCCUUUUUACCUUUCUUUCGAAAGCGAGCACACGGAAGAACGCUUUGACAUGCCACUUAACUUGGAACUGGACAAAGUCGAUGGCUCCAAACAUCUUUGGCUAAUCUAUAUCUCUAGUGAGCAUUGCCAUUUUGUGAAAACAGGAGCUCAUAUCACAUUUAAAGCUUGUCCAGGUUUGAUCAUAAAGAAAUGGGGAAUGAGGAUGUUAAUCAAGAGCAUAAUUAAAAAUCCAUUUGGGUUAUUUCGUAUAGAGUCUGCCCUCGGCUUAUUGAAUUGCUUUACAAUGUCAGAUGAACACAGUCUUUACUUUGAUUCUGUACAAGAAAACAGCAGUAGGUCUGGACCUAAAAUUCAGCUUCCCUACAAUUGGUUGGUUACUGAGGAAGAGGAUAAUGAGAAUUCUCGAGCAAAGUUAAAAGAAAUUGAUCUUUAUAAUCUGGGCCUUUAAAUAUGCUUGACAACCAAAAGUCAAAACUCAAUAUCUUCCAUGAGCCUAAAAGUAAUUAUUUCAUCUAAGCAGUGACACAUAAUUCAUUAUCAUUGUUAAUUAAUCAGUAAUUACUAUGUAUAAAUAGUGAUAUGAUUGUUAGUAUAUAGGAUAUCCGACUUUUGCAAGCCAAGUAUUUCUUUCUAAUUAAUAAAUUAGCUUGAUUUGGAGUGUUCUUGGCAUAUUUCUAUAAUUGCUGGUUAUGUGUUCUUGGUUGGCUAGUUACCUUGUACUUUUGGUCAAUAGUCUUUAUGCUCCUGGUUUGUUUUUCUUUGGUUCUUACGGCGGAAAAAGGAUUGUCUAUUCACUUGAUGCAUACAAAUUGUUAUAUAAGGAGUAUAAAUAGGACAAAUAAUGUUGAAAAUAGGAAAAUUGAUUCCCUAUAAAUGUUAUCCUAACUCAGAAAAUAAAAUCAAAACUGCAAUCGUAAUUAUUUCAUAAUAAUAGUUGUACAAUUAGAAUCCUAAGGAUCUGAACUUGAUUUGGUAAUCAACACUCCUCUCAAUUUGGGUGGUGGAUAUCUAUCAUGUCUAAAUUUAAGAGAAAUUCUUAAUCCACCUCUUGAACUUCUUAGGCACCAUGCGCGUUUCCAAAAAUGUCACCUAACUUUCUGAGGUGUA